AAACGUUAGGAAUAUAUGUAAACAAACAAUCAAAGUAAUUAAUUUCUUUAGUUGACCCUCAAUUGGAUUUUGGUAUCCACAAGAUAACUAUUAAGAUUGAUUCACACUACUAAUAAGUAAUAAAAAUGGUCAUAAACACAACUGGGUUGAAAAAAUUUGUUGCAAUGCUCAAUAAAAAAUAUUUUUCACAUUUAUUUGACUUUUUUGUGCUUUUAAAGUCUAGAAAGAGAUAACAUGUACGUAAGGAUACUCUGACGUCAGACACAGUCAAGAUGAGGAGUAAAUGGAGGCAAACUUUCGAUGCCAGCUGAGUAUAGUUUGUCUAUGUGAAGAACUCCCUCAGUCAUUCGUCUGGAGAGGUGGCGCUGACAAUGGAAAUGGUUUUAUCGAAGGAAGAGAGUUGGAUAAAUUUCUGAGAGAGUUCGUCUCCAGCGUUUCGGAUACAGAACCGGAACAAGUAGUCUCUGACUCGAUGAUGAUUGAAUUGAAGGAAUGUUUUAUGGAAGCUUAUGAUGAUAACAAAGAUGGAAAAAUAGAAAUUAGAGAAUUAGCACAGCUUUUACCACUUGAAGAAAGUUUUCUACUUUUAUUCCGUUUCGACAAUCCACUGGAAUCAAGUGUUGAAUUUAUGAAGAUCUGGAGGGAGUACGAUACAGAUGGAAGCGGUUUCAUUGAAGCAGAUGAAUUGAAGAAUUUCUUAAAAGAUCUUCUCAAAGAAGCUAGAAAAGAAGCCAUUGAGGAAGACAAGCUCAUUGAAUAUACAGAUACACUACUUCAAAUUUUUGACAGUAAUAAGGACGGAAAAUUGCAGCUCAGUGAAAUGGCAAAAUUACUCCCCGUUAAAGAAAAUUUCCUGUGUCGAUCCGCUUUUAAAGGUGCCAGUAAAUUGACAAAAGAAGAUAUCGAAAGAGUAUUCAGCCUCUACGAUAGAGACAAAAAUGGCACCAUAGAAAAUGAGGAGUUGAAAGGAUUCCUUAAGGAUCUCCUAGAACUCGUAAAAAAAGAUUACGAUGCUCAAGAUCUAGAAGAAUUUCAAGAGGCGAUUCUUAGGGGAUGCGACUUCAACAAAGAUGGAAAAAUAAACAAGAAAGAACUUACCAUGAUCCUCUUGGCGCUCGCCAAACACUCACAAGAGGAAUAAAUUCCCUCCCUUCUCUCUCUCUCUCUAUCUCUCUCUAUGUUGUGUGUCGAUAUACAGGUGCUUUCAAUAAUUCAACCCCACCUAGUGUUUGUAAAGAAAACAUUAUUAGGAAAAAGGCCAUCCCUCGCCACUGCAGCAUAUCAUGUCAUUUAAAAUAUCCUACUACGUCAAUCUUUAUUCUCAGGACUUUUAAAAGAUAUAUACAUAUAUAAAUGGAAUCUUUUGUGAUUUUAGAAAGAGCGAAAAAAAGAGAUCAUUUUACUUGGUUUUGUUUGUGUUGCGCACCAUCGCACAGUGGGUCAGCAUCCAAGGUUUCGUGGCCAGAAUUAGUAUUUCGAUGAAAUUUGUUUCAAAAUUUGGGGAUUUUUAUGUGCAGGUAAAUUGAAUUCAUAGUUGAAAUUUUGAAAUACACUAAAAAUACCCAAAAAAAAAAAAACAAAAUGGCGGCUGAAAUAGGGCGAGCAAAAAUAAAAAUAAUAAUGUAAUGCGUUUAAAUAAUUAAAUAUAGCAAUGGAAAUAUAACAAUUUUCGUCAUUUUAUAUUGAAAAUGAAAAGCAAAUUAUAUUUCCGAAGUAAUAUUUCAAAAUAAAGCGAAUUAAUUACAAAACAACGCAAAAACGUGAAAAAAAAACAUGAUUUUUGUUUUUCGGUACAUUUAGUUCACCUGUGCAAUACGGGCAAAAUGGGGCAAGUUUUUUCGAAAGAAGAAACAUAAAAGAAGACAGCAAAAAGAAAGUUUAGCUAAUUACCUCGAGGAACUUUUUGGAAUUAAGUUUCGAAAGUGAUUCAAGCAUUGUAAAAUGCCUAAUGAUAAGAUAUAAACUAUAAGUUUGUCAAGAGUAUUAACUCAUCCCACACAUUGAAAAAUUGUACUAUCAUUUCAGACUCAUUACUCUGAUAUAAAUGUAACAGUAAGGUGAAAUUCCUCUACAUAUUUCUGAAAUAAAAAUGUAAAAGUUA